UUUUUUUUUUCCUGAAUGUGACUGCACAGGGAGCUUCGGAAGAACUGCAUAAACAUAUUUCACUAAUGGGAGGCAUGUAUGUCAUUAAUGUAUGACUAAUAUAAGGAACUUCGUCUAACUUUUUCCUCGGAUGCAGGGUCAAAUUUCUACUGAGCUAUCUGAUUUUCUCUUUGAAUCAAUGUCACCGAUUGCGAGUCUAUUCCAGUAGGUUUGCGUGUUGACAAUGUGAAACAUAUUUUGCAGUGUGUAUGUACUGUUGUCAUUAGAAAUACACGCACCAUUUAUUUCAUUUUGGCAUCGUAUACGUUUCCACGAUACAGUUUACAUUUACAUGAUCCUGCCUAAUUAUGUAAUUUGUGUCGCAUAUUAUUUGCAAAAAUCGUGGUUAGGGGGAAUAUACGUCCUAUGCACGUCACGACCCCUCCCGCGACGUCGACUCAAACCCCUCCCAUUGGCGGAACGCCACAUUCCUUUUGUCCAAGAUGGCGGCGUUGAUGUCGGUUCUCUGAUAAUGUUUUUAAAUGUGUUUAUCCUUUUAAUUCACUAUAAAUGCAAAGUCUCAACGUUGCGGACAUUAGUUACAAGUUAGUAAAUCGUCCGUAUCUGCAACGUCUGAUUAAAAAUCGGGGUAUUGUAUUCCAGACCGGAUUGUUUCUACAGACACUGGCUGGCUAACUAGCUAACGUUACCUAGCUAAAAAGUUUGGGUAUCGUUUGAAAAUGAAACGACAGGCCGGGAGGGACUCCAGUCCUAGUCGGGCUUUAGCGAAACGAAUACGGGAAAGAGAGCGGGAACGAGACGGGCCACGGAGAGAGGACCUACCGCCCCCGCCUCUUGCCUUGCUGCUCGCUGAAAGCCGAAGGCAACAUGCUCGGAGCAGGAGCAGGGAACGAGAAAAGACGCGGCUUCGGGAGGAGCGCGGGGCCGCUGGAGACCCACUUCACCACCGACAACAACACCACGACCUCGGUCUGAUCGGCCGCCCCGCUCUCCGGACAACAGCCGCCCUGCCUAAAGGCAAAGCGGUGACCGAGCUACUGGGCCCCCGGGGGGGAGCGGGGGGGAAUCUGGAAUACAAAUCGUUGCUCAUUAGCAAUCUAGGCUCGGUGCUUUCUGACGAACAUGUUGAAGACGGACUGUUCCACGAGUUUAAAAAGUUCGGGGACGUUAGUGUGAAACUCUCUCACACUCCAGAGCUGGGCCGUGUUGCGUACGUUAAUUUCCGUCACCCGGAAGACGCUAAGGAGGCCAGACAUGCCAAGACCAGGUUAGUGCUGUAUGAUCGCCCCCUUAAAGUAGAGCCCAUGUACGUCCGUCGUCGCAGCUGCACGCCGCCGGAUGUGAGCUACAUUCCCAUUCAUGGCGCCUCAUAUCCCCCUUAUAGACAGAGGUCCCUCUCCCCAGGGGCAGGGGUUAGCAGUAUCAGAGACAUCCGAGCACUGAGACACUACCCUGUAGAGGGGUUGGGACUGAGCAGAGAGAGGGAGAGGAUCUUAGAUUACUAUGGUAUGUUGGAUGAGAGGGGGCGGCCAUACGGCCUGCCAGUACCCGAGCACGAAGACAUAAAGCCAGAGGAUGAUGCGAGGGCGUGUAGGAACCUGUUCAUUGGCAACCUGGAUCACAACGUCACCGAGGGUGAGCUGAGGAGAGGCUUCGAUAAGUACGGCAUCAUUGAGGAAGUUGUGAUUAAACGACCGGCGCGCGGUCAGGGUGGAGCCUACGCUUUCCUCAAGUUCCAGAACUUAGACAUGGCUCACCGGGCUAAGAUAACCAUGCAGGGCCGCGUGAUCGGUGGGAACCCGGUGAAGAUUGGCUACGGUAAAGCCAACCCCACCACGAGACUCUGGGUAGGUGGCCUCGGCCCUACCAACUCCCUAGCAACACUAGCCCGUGAGUUUGACCGCUUCGGCAGCAUCCGAAACAUAGACUAUGUGAAAGGAGACAAUUUUGCCUAUAUUCAGUAUGAAAGCUUGGACGCCUCACAGGCCGCCUGUGCCCAGAUGAGAGGUUUCCCCCUGGGAGGCCCAGAGCGGAGGCUGAGGGUGGACUUCGCCAAGGCGGAGGAGCCCCUGCCUCGUAGCUACCCAGCAGGGUACCAGCCCCCUGUGCCCCUGCCUGCCCACCUGGACUUGCUGCCAGAGGGUUAUGGCGGGAGGCACCGCGACUGCAGCCUGGAGAGAGAGCUCCGUGCCAGGGACCGCUCGCCCCCCUCACACGCCCUGUUCACCCAGCGGGAGAGAGAGAGGGCUCUGCUGGACAGGGACAGGGGAGACAGAGAGUUCACCAGCCCAACCAAGAGCCUAGAGCGUAGGGGGGGUGAAGCAUUUGGGGGAUCCCGUGGAGGGCGGGGGGACCGAGCGGCCCGGAGCCGCAGCCGAGAGCGCUGGCUGAAGGAGAGGGACGCAGCGCGGGCUGGGGGGGAGAGACGGAGACGCUGCAGUCUCUCCCUAGACAGGCCCUCUCAGGAGAAGGAGAGAGGCAGGUCCAAGGUGAGGGGAGGAGGACCAGCCUCUCCAGAGGACAGCCCAGACAGAGCCAGGGUCAGAGCCCCAGACUCCACCACCGAGCCCAGGGGACAGAGCCCCGACAGCAGCCGCCACUCCAACGAGGACCGGGGUGGGGGUCUGAAGACCGGCGGGGACAGGGAAAAGGAACGCAACCACAGAAAUGUGAGCGACAACAACCACACAUUGUCUGACACGCCUAAUAAAGACCCUAAGACACUCAGUACGCUGUCAGAGUAUGCUGCCACCCUCACCAAAGCCUGGCACGGUCACUUCGCCCUGAAGAACUCCUGCUUCCCUACUAACAUGCACCUGCUGGAGGGAGGCUCCGGGUUCUUCCACUCUGUCAUGAAGGACCACCAGGCCAAGGGGAAACUGACCCAGCUGAAGAUCGCCCAGCGACUGAGGAUGGACCAGACCAGGCUGGACGAGGUCACCAGGAGGAUUAAGCAUGGUGGCUCCGAGGGCUACGCUGUUCUCCUGGCCCUCCAGGGCCCCAUCGACCGCGAGGCCCCUCCACCUGAACCAGGCCUACAGAUCAGACUCCUCCGUCACCUGGUCACCUACCUGAGGAACAAGGAGGCUGCAGGUGUGAUCAGUCUACCUGUAGGUGGGGCUAAGGAGGGGGGAAAGGGGGGCAUGCUGUAUGCCUUCCCCCCCUGUGACUUUUCCCAGCAGUUCCUCCAGACCCCUCGCAGGACUUUGGAGAAUCUGGAUGAAGAGCACCUGGUGGUUGUGAUUGUUUAUGACUCUGCCUAACUAAGACAGAAGUCACCUCUCUGUCUAUAGUGUUAGCUGUCAUUUCUUUCUCCAUGUCAACAACACACUGAGCUCUGAGCAAGGAAAUAGUAGUGAUUGUCAAUAGCUAAUGAAGUAAAACACCACUUUCUGUCUCUGUAAUGGCUGUUUCACUUCCGUGUAAAGGGACUGAAGUGUUGUAGACAGACACCUCGUCCUCUCUCUGGGGGGGUUCCUAUGUCCCUCUCUACGGAACCUAUGCCCCUAACAGACAGUGUCACUACAAACAGAGACUGAGCUGCUGUCACUCCAAGCAAGGGAUCCUUUGAGACAUACUGACAGACUUUGUAUUAAAAUACUGGAGGUAUGACGGGACAGACAUUUUGUCUGCAUUUCUUGAAGUGAAACACUACAACUGAGUGAGGGAUUGUUUAUUUUUUUGGGAACUAAACUGACCAAGCAGUAUAUCUAAAGGCUUCUUCUACAACAGGACUAUGUGUCAUAUGAUAUGAUUGUAUGUUUGUUGUUUUUUAUUUGACCAUUCCAGAAGUUCCACCUUCAUUUGAGAAUUGUGUGCUCUGAUUGGCUGUUGCAUGCAGGAAGUUGUUUUGUUGUACAGAUUUUACCCUCCAACCGGUGGUCAAGUUCCACUCCUAUUUACUGGCUAUUGAUUUUAAACCGUUGUUGUUUUGAAGUAUUGUUUCAGCUAUAGAUAUGAUUUGUUAACAGUUCUGUCUUGGUCCUAAUGUGGUAUUAUACAGUUCAUGGCUGGUUUAGUUUAGCUCUUUUUUCUUUUUUUUUUUUAAAUGUACUGAAUGAGCCUAAAGCUCUAAUUUGCGAAUGAUUUUGACAUAGAGAAAAGGGUCGUCGGUCCUCUCUUGUUGAUGCAACACUGUUGCGGUUGUAAGGCAGAAUGAGCUUCCUCUACAAUUUAUUUAAAUCAUCUGGUUUUUUUUGUUCUUUUGUUCUUUCUUUUUUUUAAUCACAGAACAUGAAAUACAAAUCCACCCACUGAUAUGUUGGAGUCAGUUCAAUUUCUCCAUGCUGUGUCUUUGAGCUGUGUGUUGUAACACUGAGGUACAUGUUCUAUUCAUCUAUAGUUUGGGUGCUUUAAACAUGUCUGUCUGUUUGAAUCAUACUGGGCCAUUUUAAUGGUUAUUUGAAGAAAACACCGGAAUGAAUGGACUAACUCUUAGUAGUAGUAGAAUAGUUAAAAUAAAAAGUGUCAGACCGGUGUUAGUUAAAAGGAAAAGUGUUUGUCACUACAUAACAUCAGACUGGUGUUAGUUAAAAGGAAAGGUGUUUGUCACUACAUAACAUCAGACUGGUGUUAGUUAAAAGGAAAAGUGUUUGUCACUACAUAACGUCAGACUGGUGUUAGUUAAAAGGAAAAGUGUUUGUCACUACAUAACAUCAGACUGGUGUUAGUUAAAAGGACAUAACAUCAGACUGGUGUUAGUUAAAAUGAAAGGUGUUUGUCACUACAUAACAUCAGACUGGUGUUAGUUAAAAGGACAUAACAGGUGUUUGUCACUACAUAACAUCAGACUGGUGUUAGUUAAAAGGAAAGGUGUUUGUCACUACAUAACAUCAGACUGGUGUUAGUUAAAAGGAAAGGUGUUUGUCACUACAUAACGUCAGACUGGUGUUAGUUAAAAGGAAAAGUGUUUGUCACUACAUGACAUCAGACUGGUGUUAGUUAAAAGGAAAGGUGUUUGUCACUACAUAACAUCAGACUGGUGUUAGUUAAAAUAACAGAACAUCAGACUGGUGUUAGUUAAAAGGACAUAACAUCAGACUGGUGUUAGUUAAAAGGAAAAGUGUUUGUCACUACAUAACAUCAGACUGGUGUUAGUUAAAAGGACAUAACAUCAGACUGGUGUUAGUUAAAAGGACAUAACAUCAGACUGGUGUUAGUUAAAAGGACAUAACAUCAGAUUGGUGUUAGUUAAAAGGACAUAACAUCAGAUUGGUGUUAGUUAAAAUAACAGAACAUCAGACUGGUGUUAGUUAAAAUAACAGAACAUCAGACUGGUGUUAGUUAAAAGGACAUAACAUCAGACUGGUGUUAGUUAAAAGAACAGAACGUCAGACUGGUGUUAGUUAAAAGGACAUAACGUCAGACUGGUGUUAGUUAAAAGGACAUAACAUCAGACUGGUGUUAGUUAAAAGAACAGAACGUCAGACUGGUGUUAGUUAAAAGGAAAAGUGUUUGUCACUACAUAACAUCAGACUGGUGUUAGUUAAAAUGACAUAACAUCAGACUGGUGUUAGUUAAAAGGACAGAACAUCAGACUGGUGUUAGUUAAAAGGAAAGGUGUUUGUCACUACAUAACGUCAGACUGGUGUUAGUUAAAAGGACAUAACAUCAGAUUGGUGUUAGUUAAAAGGAAAGGUGUUUGUCACUACAUAACAUCAGACUGGUGUUAGUUAAAAGAACAGAACGUCAGACUGGUGUUAGUUAAAAAGAACAGAACGUCAGACUGGUGUUAGUUAAAAAGACAGGUGUUUUUUUGCUUCCCAAACAGCACCCUACGGCCUGCGUGGGGCCCUGGUCAACCGUAGUGCUGUACGUAGGGAAUACGUCUCCAUUUGGGACUCUGGCUUUGUCACCCACAUGAGACUGGUUUUCGACGCUACUACCGAAUGCAAAGUUUCUUUAAACAACCAACAGAGAAUGAGAUCUAUGGUUUGUUUUGUUAUUCUGUUAUGUGAACUAUGCGAUGCUGACCAAUUUACAUGACUUUGUCACAUGGUAGGACACUACCCAUUUUCAAUGGGGUUUGUAUACUUACUUAAACCAACCAGUCCAUUUGAUCGUUUUCUCUGUUGUUUCAACAUGUAUGAAAAAUGAAAUUAAACGUUUUUUUCUCUUUUUAAA